ACUUCCCCCAUCAUCUCGAUAUAUUAAGAGAAAGAGAGAGCCGCACGCAGAGCGUGCAGUCCGGUUACAGAGAACACCGAGCACGGAGACUCCGAUAUUGGAUUCUUUUGUUCCAGAGAGACUGAUUAUUGGCAGAGAAUUGUGCUAUUUUCUGAACUUACUUUUAACGGAACACUGCAAAUUGUUUAAUGGAUUAUAUGGUGUUUAUGGUUUCAUUGUGAAAAGGAUAUGUCGAACAGAACAAUGAUACGGCAAGUACUGUUGUUUAUCUCGGUCCUCUCUCUCAGUUCAGUGAACGGGCAGGUCAGUUACUCCAUUCCGGAAGAAAUGGCGAAAGGCUCUUUAGUCGGUAACAUAGCUCAGGAUUUGGGUUUAGAUAUCAAAAGACUGAAAUCGGGUAAAGCUCGCAUUUAUACUGGAGACAGUGCAGAAUACAUCGAGCUGAAUACAGAAAGGGGAGUUCUCUUUAUCAAGGAAAGAAUAGACCGUGAAGCGUUGUGUGGAGAGACGACGCCAUGCGCUUUACACCAUCAAAUUCUACUUGAAAACCCAUUGGAAUUUUACAGCUUAACGAUUGAGAUCACAGACAUCAAUGAUAAUUCACCGGGUUUCAAAAAGAAUGAAAUGGAAUUCGAAAUAAGUGAGUCAUCACAGCCCGGAGCUAGGUUCGUUUUGGAUAGAGCAGUUGAUAAUGACGUUGGUGUGAAUGACCUGCAGAGCUACACCCUAAAAUCAACCGAUAAUUUCUUAUUAAAAUCACACAUUUUACCUGACGGUAGUAAAAAUGUGGAAAUGGUCUUGCAGACGCCUCUAGACCGAGAGAAACAGGAGCAGAUAUCGCUGAUUUUGACAGCAGUAGAUGGAGGAGAGCCUCAGCUAUCAGGAACAAUGCGGAUAAUCAUCACUGUACUAGACGCCAAUGAUAACGCACCUGUCUGUUCCCAAGCCGUUUACAAGGCCAGUGUAACCGAGAACGCGCCUAAAGGCACCAUUGUAGCUACAGUAAGCGCGACUGACGCUGAUCAAGACUCAUACGGAAAAGUGACAUAUUCUAUGUCAAACAUCGUCGAAGGCGGUGCUGAAUUAUUUGAAGUUGAUGAUGAUGACGGUGUAGUGAGUCUAUUAGGAAAUAUUGAUUACGAAAGAAUGAAAAAAUAUCAAAUUGACAUUCAAGCAAGAGACGCUGGAGGACUCAUCGAUUCUUGCAAAGUAAUCGUCGAUGUUUCUGAUUUAAAUGAUAACAAACCAAUCAUUAAUAUUAUGUCUAAGACAAAUGCAAUAUUCGAAGAUUCUGUGUCUGGCACAGUUGUAACAAUUAUCAAUGUUCAAGACUCAGACUCGGGUGAUAAUGGUAAAGUAGAGUGUUCCAUAAAUGAAAACAUUCCAUUUACAAUUAAAUCAACGUCGAAUAAUUUCUAUAGCUUAGUAACUGACAGCGACAUGGACCGAGAGAGAGCCUCUGAGUAUAACAUCAGUGUGACGUGCUCUGAUGAGGGCGUGCCCUCGCUAUCCAGCAGCGUCACUCUCACCUUACAGAUAUCAGAUGUGAAUGACAACGCGCCUGUCUUUGAGAGGAGCUCAUAUGAGGCCUACAUUAUAGAAAACAACACACCGGGCCUCUCUAUAUUCACGGUGAAAGCCAGAGACGCUGACUGGAACCAGAAUGCCCGUGUUUCUUACAUACUGGAGGACUCCUCGGUUAACGGAGUGCCCGUCUCCUCAUAUGUGUCCGUUAGUGCUGAUAGUGGAGUCAUCCAUGCAGUGCGCUCUUUCGAUUACGAGCAGAUCAAGGAUUUCCAGUUCCGCGUAAAAGCGCAGGAUGGAGGCUCCCCUCCCCUCAGUGGCAAUGUGACUGUGAAAAUAAUGAUCCAGGACCAGAAUGACAACGCGCCUCAGGUUUUGUACCCAGUCCAGACUAGCAGCUCUCUGGUGGCUGAAAUCGUGCCUCGUUCAGCAGAUGUUGGCUAUCUUGUUACUAAAGUGGUGGCUGUUGAUGUGGACUCUGGACAGAAUGCUUGGCUCUCGUAUAAACUGCAGAAAGCGACAGACAGGGCGCUAUUUGAAGUGGGCUUACAGAAUGGGGAAAUGAGAACUGUACGCCAAGUCAAUGAUAAAGAUGCUGUGAAACAAAGGCUCACUGUUGUUGUGGAGGACAAUGGGCAGCCCUCUCGUUCAGCUACAGUCAAUGUUAACGUGGCGGUGGCGGACAGCUUCCCUGAAGUGCUCUCGGAGUUCACUGACUUUACGCACGACAAGGAAUACAACGACAACCUGACUUUUUACUUAGUCUUGGCUUUGGCGGUAGUCUCAUUUUUGUUUAUUACGUGUUUAGUGGUUAUCAUAUCAGUGAAAAUAUACAGAUGGAAACAGUCUCGUGUCCUCUAUCAUUCCAACCUCCCGGUUAUUCCGUAUUAUCCACCGCGUUACGCAGACACUUUGGGGACAGGAACUCUACAGCACGUGUACAAUUACGAGGUGUGCAGGACGACUGACUCCAGAAAGAGUGACUGUCAGUUCGCCAGACCCUGUAGUCAGAACGUACUGAUAAUGGACCCCAGUUCUACAGGGACGAUGCAGCGGAUUCAGAACGAACAGAACAUCCUGGAUGAACCAGACUCCCCAAUAGAGGUCUGUUAUAUUUGA